AUUGAUGGAAGCAUUUUAACCCAGGUGAAGUUGAUUAUGAACCACCAUUGGUGCGUGGACUUUCUUUCUUUCUUACAGGAGUUAAAGAGGAAGGCGAAGAAGACGCAACAGCCCUGAUCUACAACCGCCUGCUUCUUCUCGUUGAGUUCGUUUCCUUCAGAUUCAGUAAUUUUUUCGAAAUCUCGUUGAUUCGUUACAACACCUUACGACGUCGACGUCUCAGGCCGGGUGGUUGUGGUUCAAUUGUAGGUCUGAAGAGCACAGUAUGUCUUGAUCAUCUAUCCAUCAUCAUGGACAUGGUGAAUGGAAGUAAUGGUAUGAACAACAACAACAACAACAAUAGCAGCAGCCAGAGUCUAGCCUCUAAGCAACGACUUCGUUGGACACAUGAGCUUCAUGAACGUUUUGUUGAUGCUGUGGCACAACUUGGUGGCCCAGAUAGGGCUACUCCAAAAGGUGUACUGAGAGUUAUGGGUGUGCAAGGUCUAACAAUUUAUCAUGUAAAGAGCCAUUUGCAGAAAUAUCGGCUUGCAAAGUAUCUCCCUGACUCCUCUUCUGAAGGAAAAACAUUUGACCAGAAGGAAUCGGGUGAUAUGGUUUCCAGUUUGGAUGGGUCAUCUGGUAUGCAAAUCACAGAAGCACUGAAACUGCAGAUGGAGGUCCAAAAGCGACUGCAUGAGCAAUUGGAGGUGCAAAGACAACUUCAGUUACGGAUAGAAGCCCAAGGGAAGUACCUCAAGAAGAUAAUCGAAGAGCAACAGAAACUUGGUGGUGGUGUUGCUGGUAUAGACCCACAAGAAUCUGAUAAUAACAAUAAUAAUCAAACUCAGCCUGCAAACAGCAUUUCCAUAGAUGAACCAUUAACGCCUGAUGAUGAGUCAUCUGGUGGUGGUGGUGGUGGUGGUGGUGGUGAGAGCCCAAAAGAGGAUCAAGAGAGGUCAAUGAAGAAGCGACGAGUCAACAUGGAUACAGCAGUCAAACCAGGAACAGCUUUGGGGCUGAACCACCAGAUAUUGGAGUCCAGCUUUACCACCACCACCACCACCACUAUGCCACCAUACCAGCAUCACCAACAACAGCAAUCAGGAGGUUUCCAAUUUGGUACUUCAUCGAUUGACAAUCAACAAGAUUAGGUCGGUAGGGCGGAUUAAGAUUGAUUCAUGUAAUGUUAAUGUGUGUCAAAAGGGGUUCUUUUUUCUUUCUUUCUAAAAAGAAUGGUGAUGAUGAAUUCAUAUGUUUGGAGUA